AUGGCGCGACGGUACGAGAUCGAUGAGCUGUUAUGGCUGCGCUCAUCGCCUCUUGUCGCAAAACCUCCUGGCCUGCCCCCGAUUGAAGAAUGGAUGUACGUUCAUGAUUUCCCCUCAACCACGGCCACUCCGCAUCCCCACCCAAACAACGGAACACGCGUGAUCCUAGUAACCCCUCUGAGACGACUACGAACAGAAGGCCAAGCUUUUUUGAAUCUCGUCAUAUCUCCCGCGGUUCCAAUUCAGGUAGGCUCCUUCUCCUCUUCCCCCGAGAACCAGCCCUGGUCAAUUUAUUCUGCAAUGGCAGGAUAUCAUUCUUGGCCCCCGAAAACUGCCUUUGCGUCAUCGCGAAUUGGCGGGGUUGGGAAAGGAUCGUUCGAUCUGACGGACCGGUCCGUGCGACCAGGCGACUCGGAUGAGAAGAAUGACCGUUUCAACUUCCGGGACAAAGUUUUCAAGGAUAAGGAUACCCCGGAGAGAGAAAUUGACCGACGAGAUGGAAAGGUCAGUGGUCUGAAUGGCCGACGCGGGGAAAGAGAGGAUUGGAAUGCUAGCCGUCCUCGUCGCGGGCUGGGACCCGAGGAGCAGGAUCGCAAGCCACGCCGCAAUGGCGAGUUCGACAGAUGGGAAACGAGAGAGAAUGCCCGAGAUCCGAACAUUGAACGAGGAACUCGGGACAGAGAAGGCCGUUUCACCGCGAAAAAGGAUGGCCAGCCGGGACGAGCCAAGUUUGAAGGAAGCUGGUUCCGUGAUGAGAAUGGCCAGGAGGGUGCCGAUGCUGAUGACGACAAACCACAGGCACGUAACCGAGAAUGGCGUCGUGACAGACACGGCGCGGACCGCGACUGGACCCGCGGUGCUAAACUUGAGCAAGAGCCCGAGUGGCUGGAUAGUAACGACGGAGAUGAGCCACGACGAGCACAUACACAGGAAGACUUUGAGCGUUGGAAGGAACGAAUGAAGGCUGGAUCCGGUACUGGUCAACAGGCCCCAGCUCAGGAAGAGAAGCGAGACUUGCCUGCAGAAUCAGACAUUGCUGCGCAAAAGCCGGAGUCUCACCGCACCGACGGAGAGAUUUUCAGCCACUCUGGCACUCCUUUCAUGCCGGAUUCUUCAAUGGAGCGAUUCUUUGGCAUGCUGGGAGAUACGAAGCCCUCUGUUCCCGAGGUCGGCACACCAAUUGCUGCCGAGCCGACACCAAGGAAAGACCCUCUAGGUGCGGGUAUGAGCGCAAAGCCUGGAAAGUCGUCUCGCUUUGCUGGGCUGUUUAGCCCUCCGCCGGAGAGUCCUGUUAAGGAUCCUGAGCCACAGGUACUCUCAAUGCCCAUGCUCUUUGGCGGAGGUAGCCCGGCCAAUGCCCACGAUGCCGAUCAGGAAGGUUUCCAGCGUAUUCUGAAGAUGCUGGGUGGCGGAGGUGGCCGAUCCAACAGUGGUACUCCUAACCAUGGUGAACCGCCUCAGCGAUCGCGACCAUCCUCGAUGGUGCAUCCGGAGCAACCCCGUGCCGUGGCCAACAUGUCGUCUCCAAGAGAUUCACUUACCCGAUCAGAGUACGUGGCCCUCCACGGGGAUACUUUGGCCCAUGCGGCUGGCAAGGAUCCUCAGGCUGGCGAGAGAGAGCAUCUCCUCCGACUGAUGCAGCAGGUUCGUGUUGGACCGCCCUCGGGAGUUCCAUCCCAGCAGUCGCCUCCCAGUGCCAGAGUGGUUCCUCCAGGCCUGAUGCCGGAAAUGAUGCCUCGCCCUCCUCCUGGACUGACCGCUCAGAAGACACCAAACUUCCUGGAUGACCCGGCCAUCGCCAACAUGCAGCGACCGGACAGCGAGCAGCUCCGUCGGCGAGCUCCUAACGGUCCCCCCGCCCAUGGGGGUCCUAUGACUCCAGGUGGUUCGCGUCCUCCCCAGGGCCCGAACCUACCUCCUAUGCCGCUUCCGCGUCCCCCAGGGCUGGAGCAUAUGCCCCCUCCUGGCUGGGCGGGUCAGCCCCCUCAGGGCAAUGGGCCUAGCCCUAUGGGUCCUCCUCCUGGUAUCCCAGCGCCCAACCGUGGCUUCCCACCAGGCAUGAUGCCAAUGCCUCCCCGUGGUCCUCCACCAGGCAUGAUGCCGCCACCAGGAUACAUGGGCGGCCCUCCACCCCCGGUUUCCCUCCCAUGCCCCCUAACCCAGAAGCCAUGA